GCUCGGCGUGUUGACGGAGGCCGUCAUCCAGCAGUGGAGCGAGUCACGUGGGGGGCGACUACAGGGGGCGACUACAGAGGGCGACUACAGGGGGCGACUACAGAGGGCGACUACAGGGGGCGACUACAGGGGGCGACGUCGUCGUCGUCGACUACAGACGCCGCAGAUGUGCAGGCGGCAGGCGUGGACUCCAGACUGCACCGAUAACCUCGUGGUCAGCAUGGAGCAGGAGCCGUGGAUAUUGAAACUGCAGCCGGCAUCAGCUGAUGAGGCCCAACCCUCGGUGAAAAACCCGUUGCUGCCGUUCCGCAUGAGCAUCUAUGAAGGCUUCCAGGUUGGGAAGAGCAUCACUAUCGAGGGCUAUGUGCCCAUCAAUGCGGACAGGUUCCACAUGGAGCUGCAGAUCGGCUCGCACAUCCGCCCUCACGCCGACGUCGCGCUCCACAUGAGCGUGCGGUUGGGCAGCGGCUGCGUCGUGUGCAACUCGAUGUGCGCCCAGCGCUGGGGCCGCGAGGAGAAGACUGGCGGCAGCACCGGCCCCUUUGUGCGCGGCCAAAACUUUGGCGUCACUUUGAUCGCCACCGAGGAGGAGAUCCAGGUUGUGUCGGCCGGGCGGCCGUACAUCACGUACAAGCACCGCCUGCCGCUGGCGGACGUGGACACCUUCCACAUUUCCGGCCCCGUCACUGUGUCCAGCAUCCGCUUCUCGAGGACACUGACCGCCCCGUGCUCUGCACUCAUCCCUGGAGGAUUUACAGAAGGGAAAAGCGUCCUGGUCCGAGCCACGGUGAAAUACAACCCGGACAGGAUAAUGGUGAACCUGGGUCAAAGCACCGGGCCCGACAUCGCGCUUCACAUCAACCCACGCUUCCGCAAGAAGGAGUUUGUGCGGAACUCGCUGCUGUGCGAUGCCUGGGGCGAGGAGGAGAGGGCAGCAGACACAUUCCCUUUCUACCCGGGGAAAGAGUUCAAGAUGCUCAUCCGCUGUGAGCGGGGCCACUUUGCGGUGAGCGUGGACGACAAGCCGGCCUUCACUUUCAAGCAACGCAUGCUGCGCAUGGCGACAGUCGACCAGGUGCGUGUGUCCGGGGACCUCAUGCUGCCCGACAUCGAGGUGCAGGGAGUCAAGGUGAAGCCCUGAGUGAGGAUCCAGUGCACACAGCAAGGGGGAGCCGUGGGGGUGAAGCAGUACUGCCGUCCCCACCUAACGUAGCCGUGACCCUUGCCUAAUACUGCCAUCCAUCCUCACCUCGCAUGGUCACCACACCGAAUGAGCACAGUCGCCACCCUGAUAUAGCAUGGCCACCACCUUUACAUCCUGUGACCAUCCUCACCUCCCACAGUCACCCGUGGAACACAUGGCAGCAUGGGUAAGAGAGGGUGAGCGCGGGUGAGUGGUUGAGUGGGGCAGGAGAAGAUGUUUGUAGUGGAUUGUGGAGUUGAAGAUGGGAAGGGGCUAGUCCAUUGUGCAUGGGUCUGUCACUGAUAUGAUAUGACAAUGACUUAAACCACUGUGAAGGUGAGGGUGUAUUUCCGACAGGGCCUGGUGUCGCCCGUAAGAACGUGAACGCGAGGUGAGAUGUGUAUCACCGGCUCCUCAAUCAUGUGUGUGCGGUUUGGGGAGCGGUUAGCGCAAUAGUUAGUGCACUGCAAACCCAGUAACCUCGGUUCAAUUACAAACCCAGUGACCUUGGUUCAAUUCCUGUUCAUGGCCAAUGUCAAGGCCAAGAAAGCAGCCAGACGUGGUGCUAGCCAAACCACCCCCCAUCGUGCUCUGUGCCGGCCUUGACAGGUGCUCACUAACAACACUUGCUCCAAAAGUGUGUGCGGCUACAAGGCUAUCCGGCUAUCUGUAUAUUACUGUACUGUAUUAUGUUUGCGGUCUGCACGUACAAACGUUGUGAUUGUCGGGAACAAACUUCAGUGGUGGCACAUGUUAGACGAUCGACGUCCUUGGUUUACAUUGGCUGCGAGCCCCUUUUGUAAAAGAAGACCUUUGAAAUACGACCUAACUUUAAGAGUACUGUAAGCACAGUUUCCUCAUUGAAGCAGUUACACGUUAACUUUUGUGAGGGAUAGCUGUUUUUCCAUGUUUGGUGCUUUUUCUGCCAAUUAGCAUGUGGUUAAUUACUUGCAGGAGGUAGUGAAUUGGCACUGCUGCCUGUAAGAUAUGGGUACACUUGACUCAAAAUUACCUGGGGUCGUGUAGCGGAUACAACUAAAAUACUGAUAGUGUAAAACCACUUGUAAAUUAGAUUAGGGGGGUGGGGGUGAAGAUGGAGAAUGCACCGCCUGUUUUAUUGCUUCCGAAAGUAAUCGGGUUUAACUUACAGUCACGUGGGCACCGAUUCCUGUGACCCUCGACGAGUGAGGAGCAGCAAACAAAACAAAGAUGCUCGGAAUAUUUUUUUACGUUCUAAUUUUGUGCGAGAUCGGUGAAUCCACAACCCGGAUAAUCCUCCUGACGGGAUAAUGGAGAUUUGACUGCAAAUUUGAAUCAAGCUCCAGAGCUCUCUAAGAUGAGUAACACAAACCCCGUACGAAACUACAAGCAUGGGAACUUAAAUGACCGUGCAUGAUACUUGAAAUGUAUUGACACUUUACGUGAUCCCUUAACCACUUUGAAUGCAAAUUACUUUUUAAGUAAACACCCAUUUUGCGUGAAUUUUUUUUUUUAUUUAAAGGCCCGAUUUGCGUGUUUGUUGGCGAAUGGGCACUUUUUGUCCCAACUGUUUUCAAAAUGAUGAAGGUGUGACGCGUUACAGGUUUUAAUGUAUGCUGAGCUCAUCCCAAGCUACAAGCCUGAUUGUUGUGAUAUGUGAACAACGAUACAACCACUAUCAUACGGUCCGAUCAAAUAAGUGCCUUCGUGUGUAAUUUGUAUUAAUGUUAUCUCACCAAUUCUGUAUUUUGUCAAUUAAAUAUCACCUCUUCACACAACCUCUCUGACAUUGCCCUGCGUGUAUUGUAUCACCAUUUCUUGGCUUUAAAGAGGUUCCAUCAACCAGACUUGGGCCACCAUAUGACUUGGAAUUUCAAUCA